AUGGAGAGAAGCAACCACACACUGACUGAGUUCAUCCUGGUGGGCUUCACGACAGACCCGGUGAUACAGCUUGUCCUGUUUGUGGUAUUCCUUAGCAUGUACUCUCUGACUCUUGUAGCAAAUACCACCCUCAUAAUAUUGAUCUGUAAUGACUCCCGGCUGCACACACCUAUGUAUUUCUUCACUGGGAAUCUGUCCUUUCUGGAUCUCUGGUAUUCCUCUGUCUAUGCUCCAAAGAUCUUGGUGACCUGCAUCUCUGAAGACAAAAGCAUCUCUUUUGCUGGCUGUGUAUGUCAGUUCUUCUUCUCUGCGGGGCUGGCAUACAGUGAGUGUUACCUAUUGGCCGCCGUGGCUUAUGACCACUAUGUUGCCAUCUCAAAGCCACUGCUUUAUUCUCAGGCUAUGUCUAUAAAGCUUUGUGCAUUUUUGGUAACAUCCUCAUACCUUGGUACCUUUACUAACUCUUCCAUCAUCACCAAAAGAACUUUUGCCUUGAAUUUCUGUAGUGGCAAUGUCAUUGAUGACUUUUUCUGUGAUGUCCCACCCCUGGUGAAGUUGGCUUGUGGCAGGAAAGAUGGUUAUCAGACUGUGCUGUACUUCCUCCUGGCCUCCAAUGUCAUCAUCCCCACAGUGUUCAUCCUCGCCUCCUACCUGUUCAUCAUUGCCACCAUUUUGAGGAUCCGCUCCACCCAGGGCCACCUCAAAGUCUUCUCCACGUGUUCCUCCCACCUGGUCUUUGUCACCCUGUACUAUGGCUCCAUUCUCUACAUCUACUCUCGUCCCCAAUCUAGCUAUUCUUUGGACAGGGACAAAAUAAUUUCUACAUUUUACACGGUAGUGUUCCCUAUGUGGAAUCCCAUGAUCUAUAGCUUGAGGAAUAAGGAUGUGAAAGAGGCUCUGAAUACACUCAUUAAGUAA